ACAAGUUGAAACCAUUUCAAUAACAAAAACACACUUUUUCUUCUUCUUUGAUUCCCAACUGCAAGAGAGAAUGGCGAAAGAAUCCACCACCAUUGACGUCGGCGAGCCGAGCAAAGUGACCAAAAGUACAAGCCAUGUCGUAGUGGAGGAGAAGACGAAGAAGGGCUUUGUGGCAGCCGCUGCAGGAGGUGGCUACAAGAGAGGUUUGGCCAUAUUCGAUUUCCUCCUCCGUUUGGCAGCCAUAGGAAUCACCAUCGGGGCUUCCUCUGUCAUGUUCACCGCCGAGGAGACACUUCCCUUCUUUACUCAGUUCUUACAGUUCCAAGCCGGUUACGAUGAUUUUCCCACAUUUCAGUUCUUUGUGAUAGCAAUAGCCAUCGUUGCCAGCUAUCUCGUCCUUUCACUACCCUUCUCCAUCGUAACUAUUCUCCGUCCACUUGCGGUUGUACCCCGGCUCAUCCUCCUCAUUGCUGACACCGUAAUUUUCCCUUUUCAUAUAUCCACUUUAUUUAUUUAUUAUCUUAAUUUAAUUCAUUUGUUUAAUUAUGAAUGUUUCAAGGUGGUUUUAACGCUUACCACAUCAGCAGCUGCUGCAGCUGCAUCAAUUGUCUACCUUGCACAUAACGGCAACGCAAACACCAAUUGGCUCCCCAUUUGUCAGCAAUUUGGAGACUUCUGCCAAACCACAAGUACUGCAGUUGUAGCCGCCUCUAUCUCGGUUGUCUUCUUCGUCCUUCUCAUAAUCAUCUCAGCCAUUGCCCUAAAGAGUCAUUGAUUUGAUAUUUUCCGCGUCUCAAGAUGGAAAGAGGCCUAGUAUUUUUUUCAUGUAUAUGUGUGUUUGUGUCUUUCUCAAAAAUGUAUAUAUGUUUGGGGUGUGCGCUUUGUGUAACAUGAGAGUUAUAAGUAUAUGGUAUCAUUAUGGUGUUGAAAAUGUAACCGGAGUUCAUAUAUUUUAAGAAGAUUUAUCUUGGUUCAGCUUGAAAGCUUCGUAUAUAGAAAAAG